UGCGAAGAGAAAUUUAGGUGUGGAGUGAAUCACAGUUCUACCAUUAUAUUCCAUAAGAAGUUAAAGAAAUGUAGCAUGAAUUAUAACUUUAAUUUUAACCCAAAUGAUGCAUUUCCGAAAACGAAUUUUUUAAAUUACUCACGGCACCUCCAUUAGCUACACAAAUCCUUCAUUAUGAAUAUACCUACUCCGAAUAUUACUUCUCUAUAUGAAAAUGGACUUGAAUCAGCUGAAAAUGCAGGUGGCUGGUGCUGUGAUGUGGAAGAGUGAAGACAGUGAACUACAAAGGAGGCAAAUGGUGCUAUUACACAGUUCUUGGUGACAUUUUAUUACAGAAAUUAUUUCCCUAAUUUGUUGUAGAUCAUUCCAAAUUCGUGAUUAGAUAUUGCUUUGUAGAACCUUGGUAAAAUGUCAUGGAUUCGUGCCAGUACAUUAAAUUGGAUACAGUUUCUGUGUGUGAAAAUUAUAAAAAGUGGUAGAGUGCCGAAACAUAUAGCUUUUAUUAUGGAUGGCAACAGACGAUAUGCCCAAAAAAAUAAUGUACGAAAGUUUGAGGGCCACUCUCAGGGGUUUGACAAGUUAGCAGAGACUUUACAGUGGUGCCUGGACCUUGGAAUCCCUGAAGUUACAGUUUAUGCAUUCAGUAUAGAGAACUUCAAACGCAGCCAAGAAGAGGUUGAUGCUCUGAUGGAACUCUCCCAACAGAAGUUUGAAAGAUUGCUGAGUGAAAAGAUGUUUUGUUGUUUUGCCAGGGACAAGCUGAUGGAGCAUGGUGUGUGUAUAAGGGUUAUCGGAAACCUGUCGCUUCUGCCACAGAACAUCCGGAAGCUUAUAGCACAAGCCAUGAUACUCACCAAGGACAACAAGAAAACAUUUCUGAAUGUAGCAUUUGCAUACACAGCUCGUGAGGAGAUGGCACAGGCUGUUCGGACGGCAGUGUCUGGCGUCGAACGUGACGCCCUUCAGCUAUCAGAUGUGACACAACAGCUACUGUCAAACUGCUUAUACACCAGCACCAGCCCCGACCCAGAGCUGCUGAUCCGAACCUCCGGAGAGGUCAGGCUCAGCGACUAUUUGUUGUGGCAGGUAUCUUGCAGCUGUAUCUACUUUGCAGAUGUCCUCUGGCCAGAAUUCAGUAUCUGGCACCUCCUGGCAGCCAUUAUCAAGUACCAACGAAGCUACGCUCAGCUUGUUCCUGUGCAGCAGGCUGAUGAAAUGGCGAACGGAUGUCUUAAUGAACGCAUCAGCCUGUUUCACACAUGCCUGGCUGCUAGUAGAUUGGCCAGCCUGGAGGAGUUGAACCAUGCAGUUGCAUGAUGUUCCUAGUCACACCAGAUUACUUUUGGAUCAUGUUGACUGGUUCAAAUGCAACAAAUCUUGUGAAAUUGCUGUAAAUAUUCAUUAGUGUCAUGAAGAAUAAAUAAAUAAAUAAAUACAGACAAAAUAUUGUUGGAAAACCAUAAGAUAAGAGACCAUUUUGGAGGCUUACAUUGAGGAUCAGCAUCCUGGAUACAUGUCCCAGUUAUUUUAAGAAGAUGCCAUUUUCAAAAUUUGUAUCUGAUACAGCAGAACGAAUGAAACGCUUCAGUGUACAACUCGCCUGUCAUUUGUUCAGGCUGGCGUGCAGACUACCACGAGUCUGUGUAAUUGAAAACCGAAACUGAUGUGCCUCAAAUGUUUGUCCUCAAAGUGUUAUAAUACAAUGCAAAGAUGUGGACAGGCUGGAAGGCAUUUGUGAAUGUGGUGAUGAACAAUAACUUGAAUAAUUUGAUGCUUCCAUCUUUAUGCAGAGGGUAAUGUAUGCAUUUGUGUCGCUGUACAUAUUUGUAACAAGGGCAGACUUAAAAUAUGGCUGUAGUAUA